CCUGUAAGAAACCGAAUUUAAAGAUGAUUACAAAAAUAUGACAGAAGUAGUUAGAAAGGCCAUUACACGGAGAAUGUGUGUCCAGUUAACCCUGGAUACUUCAUCCUUCUCCAGUUAACCCUGGAUACUUCAUCCUUCUCCAGUUAACCCUGGAUAUUUCAUCCUUCUCCAUUUGAGUGAAAAUGAAAUUUCUAUGAAUCCUCAAAAAUCCUAAAACUUGAAUUAGAAAUGGAAAUUGAAGAAAAAGACAAGUUAGAGAAGAUGGAUGAAGAUAUUGAAAUUCCUUUAGAUUUUUCUCAGAAAAGACGAAGUUCAAGUCCUCUUACUCCUUAUCCUGCAGGGUUUCCUCCUGGGGUGCUCCCUCCAGGGUUUCCUUUUCAUUUUAUUAACCCUACCGGGGGGAACAUGGGCUUUCCUGUAUUUAACCCUUUUCUUCAGUUCCCCGCCCUUCAACUGCCCGCCCUUCUCCACACCAUUCUGAACCAAUCUCAAGCUGCAAUUCAUUCUCCUCUAAACCAAUCCUUUCAUUCCCAAUCUAAUCCCCCUUUUCAAUCUACUCCCAUCUCCAUUCCCACCUCAAGUCCAUCUCACUCCCCCUCUGCUAACUUAUUGUCAGUUCUCAAUAUUCCGUCAGCAACGAGUAUAACUCCAGUAUCUCGAAACCAAAAGCCCCCUGAAGAUCCUGGUAUAAAGAUUUCUAACACUGAGCCUAUUUCUCAACCUCAACCCAACUUUAACUUAGGCAGUUAUGCUACUUUCAGAGAGGAAAUGUUAAAACAACUUGCAGAGACAAAUUCUAAACCUUCAACCUUCUCCAGGUUGAACUCAACACUGAGCAGGUCGGGUUCAACCUUCUCCAGGUCCAGCUCAUUACUCUCAGAGAAUUCAGACUCAAGGGAUUCGUCAGAGAAUGACAUCAGCAUGCUGUCCAGGGAUGAAAGCAUGCUGAGUACCAGUGGAAACAGCAGUGGAAGCAUGCUGCAUGCUGAGGUUAAGGAGAAGGCAUACCAAGAACGACGAAGAAAGAAUAAUUUGGCCGCUAAACGGUCUCGGGAUGCGAGACGGGCUAAAGAAGACGAAAUCAGUAUUCGAGCAGCAUUUCUAGGAAUUAUAUUUAUCAAAAAAAAAAAUUUGUUUUUAGGGGUGAUGGAUGGUUCCGAAAACGCUUGA